UGGCGCCAACCGGACUGCAUGGAGCGAGGCUGUAUCAAGGCCAGUUGCGGCGAUGUGCGCGCGAUGCUGGCGUAUGGGAACACCCUUUUCACGUCCCAUAGGGAUCGUAAGGUCCGGGCGUGGAGCCUAGGGGGUAGUAGUCAAGAGAAUUCCCAUUUCCAGGCCAAGAAAAUCGCCACCCUCCCUAAAAAAGCCUCACCGUUUUCUUCCAUCUUCUCAAGAUCCGCCACUACCUCGCUUCACAAGGACUGCGUUUCUUGCAUGGCGUAUUACCACGCGGGAGGGCUUCUCUACACGGGGUCGUGGGACAAGACGGUGAAGGUGUGGGCGGUGUCAAGUGGCCGUUGCGUGGACUCGUUUCUCGCGCACGAGGACAAUGUGAACGGUGUCAUGGUAAACCAAGACGACGGCUCCCUCUUCACCUGCUCCUCCGACGCCUCUGUUAAAAUCUGGAGACGAGUGUACGGACAAAGCUCCCACACUCUCACCAUGACCCUAAAGUUCCAACCCUCCCCGGUUAACGCACUAGCCCUAACCACUUCUUCUUCAUCGUGCUUCCUCUACUCGGGAUCCUCGGAUGGGUUCAUUAAUUUCUGGGAAAAGGAGAAGAUGUCUGGGCGGUUUAACCACGGGGGGUUCUUGCAGGGCCAUAGAUUCGCCGUCCUCUGUUUGGCUGCGAUUGAGAAGCUGGUGUUCAGUGGCUCCGAGGACACCACCAUUAGGGUGUGGAGAAGAGAAGAAGGGAGCUACUUCCAUGAGUGCCUUGCCGUGAUAGAUGCCCACAGGGGCCCGGUGAAAUGCUUGGCUGUUUCGUUGGAGAUUAUUGAGAAAUAUGUGAUGGGAUUCUUGGUUCACAGUGCAAGCUUGGAUCAAACGUUUAAGGUUUGGAGAAUUAAGGUUUUGCCCGAGGAGAAGAGAUCAAGAGGUUGCUUAGAGGAUAAUAAUAAUAAUAAUAAUAAUAAUAAUAAUAAUAAUAAUGAACAAGCUGCUGCAGUUGACUCGAAAACGAAGAUGGAGUUUCAACAUAGUCCUGUUUUGUCUCCUUCAUGGGUAGAGAAGAAAAAGCUUCAAGAUGUUCAUCCCCUUCAUCAUUGAUAA